UCAAAUGAUCCAACAUUUUAGCUUAAAAUGAUCUGUUUAUUUUAUAUCACUUUUUACAUUUCAAUUGUUCAUAAAUGUUGUGGAGUGACCGUUGAGAAAGCUGGUCCAGCACCGAUUGAAUCAACUAAUCCAACUCUUGCUGAAGAACAAGCAUUUCUGAAGUUGGUUGGUAAUGGAGAUCCAGAUGAAGCGGCAAGUUGUGGACAACUCAUUGAAUCUCGAGGAUUUCAAUAUGAGCGUUAUUAUGUGACAACAAAAGAUGGUUAUAUCCUUCAAAAUUUCCGGAUCAUCAAUCGUUAUGCGAGAGAAGCUCGAAAAACUCUUAAACCUGUCUUACUAGUGCAUCCAUUAUUCACGUCAUGUGCAUCCUGGUUGUUCAAUUCACCCGGUGGACACAUAAAGCCGUGGAUAGGCUGUAAUCCACCAAAUGACACUUCAGCUGCACUUGGAUUCCUUUUGGCCAACUUGGGUUAUGACGUUUGGAUUAUUAAUGUUCGAGGAACAUCUUAUUCAACUAAUCAUACACAUCUUGAUCCUGAAGAUCCUGAGUUUUGGGAUUACAGUUUCUACGAAAUUGGAAUUUACGAUGUUACAGCAACAGUUGAACAUAUUAAAAAUGAAACUGGAUUCGAAAAGAUAAUUGUUAUUGCUUUUUCACAAGGAACACUCCAAAUGAUUACUCAAAUGUCUCUGAUGCCAUGGUUUCAAGAUAAUUACGAUAUCGUCAUCCUGGCUACACCGGGUGGGUUUGUUGGUGAAUAUGGUUUUUUUGCUUCAAUACCGAAUAAGCCUGCACAAGAACUGUUUAGUUUGAGCAAUGGGCCCUUCCCAAGCGAUUCAGCUUCAUUCUUGAGUUCACUUUCUGUAUUAUGUGCUCAACAAUUAACAAAUCCCAUCUGCGUAACACUUGUUGGAACUUUAGGUAUUGAUCGAAAACAACUCAACGCAUCGAGACUUAAUGUUUAUGUAAGUCUUCUUGACCGAACCUCGAAUAAAAAUCUACUCCACAUCUUCCAAUCCGUUGAAAGAGAUCACUUGAGUUUCUUUGAUAAUGGUGAAGUUAAGAAUUACGCUUUAUACGGCUCGGCUGAGCCUCCAGAGUUUCCUUAUUACAAUAUUAAUCCAAAUAAAUUGAUAUUCAUGAGUGGCUUGAAUGACCAGGUUAUAGAUCAACGAAAUGUCCAAAAAUUUAGAAAUUCACUCUGUGACCGAGUUGACACUGAUCAUAUAAUUCAAGAUCCUUAUUGGAAUCAUGGUGAUUAUAUAAUAGCACUCCAAGCAUAUGAAUACUUCGGUAGCGUUGUGGUUGAUCUAAUCAGGGAACGUGGCGACUUGACUGAAUGUAAGCUAAAACUAUCUGGAAAUUAGUUUCUUUCAAAGUGUCUUAAAGAUGUAUAACAUGGUUUCAUAAUGGUAAAUCUAUUGCAAUUGUGAUUUAAUAGAAAUAUUGUCAAUUUCAAUAUCCAAUUAGCUUAUUUCUAUG